AAAGAUAGAAAGCUCGACUCUCAUAGCUCACACUCAUACAACUACCAAUAUUUCAAUCAUAACGAUUAUACGCAGUGAUUCUUAAAUUUUAUACAAGAUUGAGUAGCUAGCUUGAAGUAGCGAGCGGGUGAAAUAUGGAUCCAACUCAGCUUGAAAAUCCCAAAGCAUCAAAAAUUAAUGUAGAGAAUAACGAACCUUUAUUUAAAUUAGAUGAACCUGUUACUACAACUCUAAAUAUAAAUCCAUUGACUAAUAUCAGUACUAAUGAAAAUGAUAGUCUAUCUUUUAUAGUACUGGGUAAAGAUUCGGUAGAUGUUCAGGCUUCUUUGUUGGCUUCUUAUGUUGAUAUUCAACAGAAGAGCAUGUCAAUUGAUUACAAAUCAAUUGUGUCUUCACUGUCUCUAACCGAAAUGCAGCAAAGAUUGACCGAGAUGUUGCAAGAAAAUGUAAAAUUGAAAGAAACAUUGAGACAGAAUAAUAUUUCAAUGAAACAGCAGUUUAAUACUCUGGCAAUGUGGCAAGAGGAAGUAACAAAGGUUCAUCAAAACCAUAAGCAAAAAUUUGCGGAAACUAAAGAAUUAAUAAAUUUCUUAAAGAAGGAAAACUGUGAGUUGAAAGCCAAACUUUCACUCUUGCAACAUGCUGAAGAUAUGGGAUAUGAAGCAAUUAGUACCUUUUCUGAAUCUGAUAUUAUGACUUCUGAUGAAGACAUGCCAAAACUUACAGGCGCAAUAUCAAAAAUAGCUAUCGAAAAAUGUAAAGAAUAUAUAACAUCUAUAAUAUCUGAAAAGCUUGCCGAUAAAGAGUUACAACAGAAAAUGCAACAGUCAAUAGUGGAAAAAGAGUUAGAGUCGGCAAUGAAGUCAUUAAGUUGCGAAAGCAGUGACACUUCUAAGACUGUAGAAAGUUUGAAAUGUUCAAAAUCAUGUUUUGCAAAAGAUCAAGAAAUUGCUCGCUUGAAAGAAUCUAUUGCUCUACUUGAUCAGAAAUUACAAUGUGUGCUUACUCCAAUCCAAUUACCUGAUUCAUCGGAAACAUCCGGUUUAAAUCGUCAGAAGUUCGCACAGAAUAUAAAACAAUAUAACGACAUGUUGCAAGAGUUAAGCGAAUGUUUUGUAAUACAAAUGGAUCACUUUGCUGCAAUAGAAAAAAAUUUGAAAAAUAUUAUUGACAUUCUCAAUUAUGAUAAUGAUAGUAAUAAAGUGCAAGAUAGAGAAAAAUUAUGCCAGUGUUGCAAAGAGUUAGCUGAUGAACAAGUGAAAAUUAUUACUGACAGACAGACACUAAUUAAAUCACAGAAUCAGUUCCAAAAGAUAUUUUCAGAUUACAACUCCAUUUUAUACGAAUUAGAAAUCAUGAUGGAUGAAAAUACAAAGUUGAAUGUUUUGAAAGACAAUACCGCUCGCAAGAGUUCACAAAAAUUAGAGCAAUUAGAACAAAUUAAAUAUGACAAGCAAUCAUUGGAAACAGAAAAAAGAAGUCUUGAUCAGGAAAAAGAUAAUCUAGAGAAAGAAAAAAGAUCUCUUGAAAGCCAGAAAAAGAGUUUGGAAAUGGAGCGUAUAUCGUUAAACAGUGAGAGGAAGUUUUUAGAACAAGAAAAAAUCAGUUUGAACGAAGAAAAAAUGUCACUCGAUCAUCAGAGUCAGUUAUAUGAAAAUUGCGAAAGAGAUCUACAGAAAGAGAAGAAAGCAUUGCAAACUCGUUACGAACAUUUGCAGGAUACGUUAGAUAAUUUGCAACAAAAAAUUGAGAGGAGGAAUGCGGAUUAUAAACAAAUAAUGGAGCAACUUGUUCAAAGUAAAGAAGAAAUAGAAUUAUUAAGAUCACAAUUAAUGUUGUAUGAAGAAGAUUUCCAACAAGAGAAGAAAUUGAAAGAAGCAUUGCUUGAAGAAAAGACUAAAUUGGAAAUGGAAUUACUGAAACAAAUAGAUUAUAACAAGCAAUUACAAGAAUCUAAUUCCACUACCAAGCCCGAUAUUAAAUCAACAGUGACGGGACCUCCAAAGGAUGUCGCGAUAUGUCCAAAAUGCGCGCUGAUAUUUCGGAGUUUACCAGAUUUGAUGGAGCAUGUUAAUAGAUGCUUAGAUCAUAUUCAUUAAUCGAAAACUUAUAAGUAUGUACACUAAUUUAAUUUUGUCACACAGCAUAUAAGAAGCCAUCCUCAAAGAAGAUAGACUUCAUAUAUUUGAAAAUAUCUUUCUUUUAUGAAAUAUCUAUAAGUUGUGUUGAUAGGAGCAGUUUUAUGUAAUAGACUUCUGAUAUAAUAUUAUAGAAAAUAUGUAUAUUUUUAAUACAUGGACUGAAUAUUAAUAGUUAGAAUAAAUUGUUAAAACAUGUUACUAAAUUUUAUUAUAUUUUAAAUCUAAUUUUAAUAAGAUUGUAUACUAUAUUUAACAUGCGUAAAUAUGGAAAAAAUUUUUUAAAUUUCUGUAAUUUCUGUAAUUAAUAAGAAUUUAGAAGUUAUUUGGAGAAACUAUGGAAACUUUCCGACGUUUCUUGUUUUAGUUGUUAAUUUCAGUAUGUUUUAAUAUUUCAUAUCGUUUAGAAGACUAUGCCAAAGUUGUCUAAACGAUAAAAAUGUAAUAAUCAAAAAUAACAUCUAAAUUUUAUAUCAAAAUGUGAAUUCUACAUCUUGUCCAUAGUUAUGUACAUUACACACAGUACCUGUACGUAACCGUUAGUUACCUCAUAUAACAGUUCUGUAAGUAAGCAAUAAAUAGUUUUGA